AUGGCUAAGCCUGAGAUUGCAGUGCCUAGAAAAAUUAGAGAAAGUACGAGGCUUUAUCCGUAUUUUAAGGAUUGUGUUGGAGCUAUUGAUGAUACACAUAUCUUUGCAAUGGUAUCACAAAAAAAAAUGCCUUCUUUUCGUAACAGAAAAGGUGAUAUAUCGCAAAAUAUGUUGGCUGCUUGUAAUUUUGAUGUCGAAUUCAUGUAUGUGCUUAGUGGAUGGGAAGGUUCAGCUCAUGACUCAAAAGUAUUAAAUGAUGCUUUGACAAGGAACAGUAAUCGACUACCAGUUCCAGAAGAAGACGAAAGUGCAGAAGAAGUUGUCGAAGAAGUUAAUGACAAUAAUGAUGAAGUUCUUACAACCCAAGAUCAACAGAGAGAAUAUGCCAAUCAGUGGAGAGAAACAAUAGCAUCAAACAUGUGGAACAAUUCAAUUGAGAAUUCAUAG